AUGAGCAACACUAAAAAGAAGAUACGGUAUGAUAGAUUACAGGUACUAGGGAUUAAAGCAGUGGAACAAGUGAUUAAAACGUCUUUUUCAGAUGAACAAAUACAACAAUGUUAUCCCACCAUAAUGGAAUCAAAAACAGGUUCAAAAGAUUUAAAAAUAGGACUUGAUCAACUUCAAAAAUAUCUUCAUGAUAAUACGAUAGCUGAGUUUAAUACUAUUUAUGAUGAAUAUGGGCUCAAGCAAAAGUUGUCUGAUCUAGACGAUAUAGUUUCACUGGCUCAAAAGAGGAAGCAAUUGGGAGAUAUAAAUACAACUCACAUCGACCAACUAUCACCUAAAGACUUAAUUGAUUCCACAAUUUUGAGCAAUAAAGAGGAUGUUUUGGGUCAACUAGAGCUCAUAUAUAAUCAACUAUGCAAAGACAAUGACGAAUACGUGCAAUCUUUGAGGAAUUUGACAAAAGAAAGUGAGCUACUAUCUAAUCAAAUUCAAGAUAUUUUGGAUCCCAUAGUAAGUCAAGCACAAAUUUUAAAUCCAGUACCGCUACAGUUUGAUAAUUUAAUCAAAAUCAGUGAAAAACAUCAUUGA